GGCCCGGGGCCCUCGCCCCGGCGGCAGCGGGAGGCGUCGCUGGGGCCCGACGCGCGUGGAGGGCGGGGGCAGAGGCGCCGCGAGCAAAGUCCAGGCCCCCGGGCCGCAGCGCCCGCGCCCUGCCACUCGGCCCGAGACGCGCGAGGUCCGAGGCGGACAUGGAUCUCGAGGCGGGCAGGAACGGAACGGCCCGGCGUCCCCGGAGAGCGGAGGGUGACUUUGAACUGGGCAGCAGCAGCAGCAGCAGCAGCAACCAAGACAAGAAAAAAAUGAAGAAAGUGAAAUUGAUUGGACCACUAACAUUGUUUCGAUACUCUGAUUGGCAGGAUAAAUUAUUUAUGUCCCUGGGCACUAUCAUGGCCAUAGCUCAUGGAUCUGGUCUCCCCCUUAUGAUGAUAGUAUUUGGAGAAAUGACAGACAGAUUUGUUAAUACUGCAGGGAACUUCUCCUUACCAGUGAAUUUUUCAUUGUCAAUGUUAAAUCCAGGCAGAAUUCUGGAAGAAGAAAUGACUAGAUAUGCAUAUUAUUACUCAGGAUUAGGUGCUGGAGUUCUCAUUGCUGCCUAUAUACAAGUUUCAUUUUGGACUUUGGCAGCGGGGCGACAAAUUAAGAAAAUCAGGCAACAGUUUUUCCAUGCUAUUCUACGACAGGAAAUAGGCUGGUUUGACAUCAAAGACACUACCGAACUCAAUACACGGCUAACAGAUGACAUCUCCAAAAUCAGUGAAGGAAUUGGUGACAAGGUUGGAAUGUUCUUUCAAGCAGUAGCCACGUUUUUUGCAGGAUUCAUAGUGGGGUUCAUCAGAGGAUGGAAGCUCACUCUGGUGAUAAUGGCCAUUAGCCCUAUCCUGGGACUCUCCGCAGCUAUUUGGGCAAAGAUUCUCUCUGCAUUUAGUGACAAGGAACUAGCUGCAUAUGCAAAAGCAGGUGCUGUGGCUGAAGAGGCUCUGGGGGCCAUCAGGACCGUGAUAGCUUUUGGGGGCCAGAACAAAGAACUGGAAAGGUAUCAAAAGCAUUUAGAAAAUGCCAAAAAGAUUGGAAUUAAAAAAGCUAUUUCAGCAAACAUUUCCAUGGGCAUUGCCUUCCUGUUAAUAUAUGCAUCAUAUGCACUGGCCUUCUGGUAUGGAUCCACUCUAGUUAUAUCAAAAGAAUAUACUAUUGGAAAUGCAAUGACAGUCUUCUUUUCAAUCCUGAUCGGAGCUUUCAGUGUUGGACAGGCUGCUCCAUGUAUUGAUGCUUUUGCCAAUGCAAGAGGAGCAGCAUAUGUGAUCUUUGAUAUCAUUGAUAAUAAUCCUAAAAUUGACAGUUUUUCAGAGAGAGGACACAAACCAGACAGCAUCAAAGGGAAUUUGGAGUUCAAUGAUGUUCAUUUUUCUUAUCCAGCUCGAGCUAAUGUCAAGAUUUUGAAGGGCCUCAACCUGAAGGUUCAGUGUGGGCAGACAGUGGCCUUGGUUGGGAACAGCGGCUGUGGGAAGAGCACAACAGUCCAGCUGAUUCAGAGGCUCUAUGACCCUGACGAGGGUACGAUUAACAUUGAUGGGCAGGAUAUUAGGACCUUUAAUGUAAGGUACCUAAGAGAAAUCAUUGGAGUGGUGAGUCAAGAACCUGUGCUCUUUUCCACCACAAUCGCUGAAAACAUUCGCUAUGGCCGUGGAAAUGUCACCAUGGAUGAGAUAAAGAAAGCUGUCAAAGAGGCCAACGCCUAUGAGUUCAUCAUGAAGCUGCCACAGAAAUUUGACACUCUGGUUGGAGAGCGAGGGGCCCAGCUGAGUGGGGGACAAAAACAGAGAAUUGCCAUCGCUCGGGCCCUGGUUCGCAACCCCAAGAUCCUCCUCCUGGAUGAGGCCACAUCAGCCUUGGACACUGAAAGUGAAGCUGAGGUACAGGCAGCUCUUGAUAAGGCCAGAGAAGGUCGGACCACCAUUGUCAUAGCACACCGACUGUCCACAAUCCGCAAUGCAGAUGUCAUAGCGGGGUUUGAGGAUGGAGUCAUUGUGGAGCAGGGAAGUCACAGUGAACUGAUGAAGAAGGAAGGGGUUUACUUCAAGCUUGUUAACAUGCAGACUUCAGGAAGCCAAAUCCAGUCAGAAGACUUUGAAGUUGAAGUAAGUGAGGAAAAGGCUGCCACAGGUUUGGCCCCAAAUGGCUGGAAACCAAGACUCUUUAGGACUUCUACUCAUAAAAGCCUUAGAAAUUCACGAAAGCAUCAGAGUGAUCUUGAUAUGGAAACCAAUGAACUUGAUGAAAAUGUGCCACCAGUGUCCUUUCUGAAGGUCCUGAAAUUGAAUAAAACCGAGUGGCCCUACUUUGUGGUGGGAACAGUAUGUGCCAUUGCCAAUGGGGCACUUCAGCCUGCAUUUUCAGUCUUAUUCUCAGAGAUGAUAGCGAUUUUUGGACCAGGGGAUGAUGAAGUGAAGCAACAGAAGUGCAACAUGUUUUCCUUGCUUUUUUUAGGCCUGGGGAUUAUUUCUUUUUUUACUUUCUUCCUUCAGGGCUUCACGUUUGGGAAAGCUGGAGAGAUCCUCACCACCAGGCUUCGCUCAAUGGCCUUUAAAGCAAUGUUAAGACAGGACAUGAGCUGGUUUGAUGAUCAUAAAAACAGUACUGGUGCACUUUCUACAAGACUUGCAACAGAUGCCUCCCAAGUUCAAGGCGCCACUGGAACCAGGUUGGCUUUAAUUGCACAGAAUACAGCCAACCUUGGAACUGGCAUCAUCAUAUCAUUUAUCUACGGUUGGCAGUUAACCCUUCUGCUUUUAUCGGUUGUUCCAAUUAUUGCUAUAUCAGGCAUUGUUGAAAUGAAAAUGUUGGCUGGAAAUGCUAAAAGAGAUAAAAAAGAAUUAGAAACUGCUGGGAAGAUUGCAACAGAGGCAAUAGAAAAUAUUAGGACAGUUGUGUCCUUGACUCAGGAGAGAAAAUUUGAAUCAAUGUAUGUUGAAAAAUUGUAUGGUGCUUACAGGAAUUCUGUGCGGAAGGCACACAUCUAUGGAAUUACUUUUAGCAUUUCACAAGCAUUUAUGUAUUUUUCCUAUGCUGGCUGUUUUCGAUUUGGUGCCUAUCUCAUUGUGAAUGGACAUAUGCGCUUCAGAGAUGUUAUUCUGGUGUUUUCAGCAAUUGUGUUUGGUGCAGUGGCUCUAGGACAUGCUAGUUCCUUUGCUCCAGACUAUGCGAAAGCCAAAUUGUCUGCUGCACACUUGUUCAUGCUGUUCGAAAGACAACCUUUGAUUGACAGCUACAGUGAAGAAGGACUGAAGCCUGAGAAGUUGGAAGGAAAUGUGACAUUCAAUGAAGUUGUGUUCAACUAUCCCACCCGACCAAAUGUCCCUGUGCUGCAGGGGUUGACCCUCCAGGUGAAGAAGGGCCAGACCCUGGCCCUGGUGGGCAGCAGUGGCUGUGGGAAGAGCACAGUGGUUCAGCUCCUGGAACGGUUUUAUGACCCUCUGUCUGGAACAGUGCUCCUAGAUGGUCAAGAAGCAAAGAAACUCAAUAUUCAGUGGCUCAGAGCCCAACUUGGAAUUGUGUCCCAGGAGCCCAUCCUGUUUGACUGCAGUAUUGCUGAUAAUAUUGCCUAUGGAGACAACAGCCGAGUUGUAUCGAAGGAUGAAAUUGUGAACGCAGCCAAAGCAGCCAAUAUACAUCCUUUCAUUGAGACAUUACCCCAUAAAUAUGAAACAAAAGUAGGAGAUAAGGGGACUCAGCUCUCAGGAGGUCAAAAACAGAGGAUUGCUAUUGCCCGCGCUCUUAUCAGACAACCUCAAAUCCUACUGCUGGAUGAAGCUACAUCAGCUCUGGACACUGAAAGUGAAAAGAUUGUCCAGGAAGCCCUGGACAAAGCCAGAGAAGGCCGCACCUGCAUUGUGAUCGCCCACCGCCUGUCCACUAUCCAGAAUGCAGACCUCAUCGUGGUGUUUCAGAAUGGCCGGAUCAAGGAGCAGGGCACACACCAACAGCUGCUGGCACAGAAAGGCCUCUACUAUUCCAUGGUCAGUGUUCAGACUGGGACACAGACCUUAUGAACUCUUGUUAUGUCUUACAAAUAAAUAUAAAACACUCUACAACUUUUUCCCCCUGAUUUAUUAAAGACAUUUUUAGUUUAAGUCAACAUAAAACAGAGGUGUGUCCUGAUGGGAAAAUAUUUAAUUUGAUGUUCAAAAUUUAGGUGUUUCUAGUGGUAUCUGUUUGAUGACAUUUGCCAACAGCAGUCUGGCUUUCCCUGAGUUGUUAGAAACAUAUAAAGAAAGAAAAACCUAGUUUGGAAAAUAAAUGCUGUACAAUCUGGAGUAGGGGCAUAGGUCAAGUGGGAGAGUGUGUACCCUCCCUUCAAUCCUUGAGCACUACCAGUGUGCCACCUACAAAAAACUAAAGUAGAAGAGAACUCACAGAAAUAAUUUUAAUAUAUUGAUUCCAGCACUAUAAUUUAUGUUAAUGAAGCCAUAUUCAAGUGUGAGCCAAUGGUAGUCUGAAUUGCAUCAAAUGUGUUAUGAGUUAAUUUUUAUGACCCUGAUUAUCUGGGUAGAGGACAGAAUAAUUUGGGAACAAAUUUUCCAACUACAAAAGAAAAAUAAAUUGCUUAUAGCAUAGUUUCGCACUUAGAAAGUUUCCAAAUCAUUAUUCUAUUCCCAGAUUGAGAUAUUUAAAAUCAAUUAUAAAAAUGAAAACACAUCAAAGCCCCUCCCCCUGCCCAUGUUUCUUCCACUAGAUAAGCUAACUUGUAGGCAUUUAUUUGUUCCAAAGAGCAAGAAAACUUAACAGUAUUUUUAAAAUGCUAAAAACUCAGUGAAUAUUGCACAUAAAUUCAGUAAAAUUUGAAAACUAGAAAUAAUAAAAUUCUCAGUUUUUACAGCAACUGCUUUAUUAAAUCUUUCCCCAUAAUAUUAACCCCCUUUUUUUCAAGAAAAGAAGCGAUUACAUGGAAGAAAAAAUAAUUCUAGGCAACCCUUGGAAACUAGCCACACAGGAAUGUAUUUUUUUCAUAAAUUUUUACAAUUCUUAUAGCUGUGAUACACUAUUUAGGUCAGUCAACUAGCCAAUCCAAAUUCUAUCUGAUCCAAAAUAACCAGUUAUUACCAAACACUUUUACAACUGUGACCAUGCAUAAACUUGACUACCAAUGGACUGAAUUUCAGAGUAGGGCAAGGAGUACAUUGCCAUGGUGACUUAGAGCGAGCAGAUUUCAACCUACUCUUCUAUCAUUAUUCCCAAGCUUGUUUGAUAAGGAUCCUAGAACAUCGACUCAGAGAUAUCCCUGAAUCAGUACUUCUGGGUUGAGACCCAGAAAUCUCUUUGGUAAAAAUGUCCUGGGUGAUUUUUAACUGUAGGUAGAUUCAGGCAAUAUAAUAAAGAAGUAAGGAAAGGUUUCUCUGCAGGAGAUGAUCAGUAAAAUGCCCAACUCUAGAGAUUUUCAAAUCGCCACACAAAUGAUUCUAAACUUCCUGAUACUUCAGACUACAAAAUUAUACCAGUGAGGAAAAGGUCCUAAGUUUAGAUGUCCCCUCUUCCUUAAAUGAUAUAGACAACCAAUAAACUAAGUAUACCAUAACUUUAUGGUAUAACUUUAUGACACAAUGCUACAAAUGUGACCUACAAUAAAUCAUGCCCUGUGUGCUCACUUAUUUCAUUUACAAAAUGACUUUGCUGCUGAUUUUAGCAAGAGAUAACGUUUUUUCCUACCUCUUGAAUUGAACUGUCCUUGAACUCUUGAAUUUUUAACUCAUUGACUCAGGUG